AUAAACAUAAGAUUUUUCGAUAUUUGGAAAACCCCUCAGAGCUAUUGGCUCCAAUUAAGGAGGAUGACCACUUAUAGACUUUCUAAAAACGUCGUGGGAAGAUCCAGAGUUGAAAUAGUUCAUCGACCACAUGAAAAGUGCCCGUCAGACAGUGUUAAGGGUUGUCAGGGAAAGCUUAUCGGUACCCCUUUUGUUACUUAUUUAAAAGAGCCAAUAUGUGGAGCCAAUGUUGAAGCCGCUGUUACUAGAUUGUUGUCACCUUUGAAGAGAACGCGUCCUUCAGUUAAGCUCCAGAAUGGUAAGGAAAAUGGAUUUGAAAAAGAGGUUAUUGAAGAACCAUCAAACAGCUACAAUUCUAAGAACCUGUCAAUGGAUGAUGCAGAAGUAGAGGAAAAAUCCAGCGAAGCGUUAUUUCUGUGUUGAAAGUAGUAAAUUUUAGAUUCCUAGAAUACUUAAAGAAUAUUUUGUUGUUGAUGACAGUGUUGCAUGUUUUAAACUAAAUUGUGGAUUGUUAAUUCAAUGUAGAAUGUUUUUACUUUUUGUUAUUUGAAAAUCAAGUUCAUUUGA